AUGUUGUGCACGUUGGUGUCAUUAUCAAUCAACAACUUACCAAGACCCGAUCAGAUCUUUUUCAAAUUCUUGUACCGGUUUGAUGCCUACUUUUUCGACAUUGGGAAGCAGCCUAUAGGCUCUAUCACAGGUCUUCUACUUACGUGGCUUGGUGCUUACAUCAUCAACUGUUUAUACUGCAGUAAUGAAGAGGAAGACUUGCUUGCAAGCCCUAUAUUGCCCGAAUCACAGAACUACUCCUUCAAGCUAAAACCAUUACAAGUGUCUUCUAUUUUGUUGCAAAAUGGGGAUAGCGGUAUGGCUUCGGCUAGUGCCAGUUCAAGGGCAUCCAUGUCAACGGCGGAGUCCUCCACUUUAUCUCCUGCAAGUGAACUAAAUAUGUUUUCUGAAGAGGAAGACAGGUUUGAGUGGAGUACAUCCUCAGAACAUUAUCCUUUCAAAUUGUUGCACACAGACACGAACGAGGACGUUAUCAACAAGUGGUGGAGGAGAGCACCAGCUAUACUUCUUUGUUCAUCUUGGAUUGUCCUCAAUAUAUUGUAUGCUCUCAAGCAGCCCGUGUACAAAACAAAAAACAUCAUUGCUUGGAUCUUUCACGUUCCAGUUCAUUUUCUUGUACCACCCAUGAUAGGUACCUGGCUUUACAUAUGGCAUGCCCCUGGAGCCUUGAAGCUAUUUGUGUUUUCCUCCGGACUCCAGAAUGUCGCAUUGUUGUGUACAUACUUGGUUUUCCCUAAUGCUACACCCACAUUCAUCAAGUUAUAUGGAGAUAACAAAGUGCCCACAUUUGAUAUGGUUUAUACAGAUGGGCAAGCAGCUCAGGAUAAGAAGUUUUCAUUGUUCUACCACAAGGCUGUAUACUAUGCUACUCCACUCAAAUUUGCAUCGUUCCCUUCAUUGCAUUCGGCAUUUGCAUGCUUGAAGCUGGUUGACGAAAGUCGACUUGAAGUUUAA